GGAGAUGCCCUGUGGGCUGGUCUGGAUCCAGGACCCCAUCCCCUCCAGGGCAGCCCGCCGGCAGACGCCCGCCCAGAAGCUGCGGGAUGAGCUGCGGCGCCUGGUAGGCGAGAGCUGGUCAGAGGAGCUGGAGCGUGAUGUGCCCCGUGCCUGGCAGCGGCACGGCGAUCUGGUCCUGCUGAGCGAGGACAGCCUCAGAGCUGCGCCCUGGGAGAAGCUGGGUCCAGUGCUCUGGGAGACGGUUGCCUCUGCUCUGGGUGCCCGGCGGCUGGCCAGGCGAGGGCGGGUGUUGCCGGAUGGGAUGCGGUCCCCCAGUGUCACCCUGCUGCUGGGCCAGGAUGGCUGGGUGGAGCACAUGGACAAUGGGAUCAGGUACACGUUUGACGUGACCAAGUGCAUGUUCUCACCGGGCAACAUCACGGAGAAGCUGCGAGUGGCCUCGCUGCCCUGCUCCGGGGAGGUCCUAGUGGAUCUGUACGCAGGCAUCGGCUAUUUCACGUUGCCGUACCUGGUUCACGCAGCAGCCGCCUUUGCCCACGCCUGCGAGUGGAACAGCCACGCUGUGGAGGCCCUGCAGAGGAACCUGGUGCUGAACGGCGUGCAGGACCGCUGCCACAUCCACCAUGGGGACAGCAGGCAGCUGGAGCUGCAGGACGUAGCGGACCGGGUGAAUCUGGGACUGAUUCCCAGCUCAGAGGAAGGCUGGCUGGGGGGCCUGAAGAAGGGCACAGGCGGGGUUCUCCACAUCCACCACAACGUGGAGACUUUCCCCACACCGGCCCCGCUGCAGGCCCCGGUCCUGAGGGCUGAGCUGGGGUCUCCAGAGGGAGCCAACUCUGAUGGAGAAGCACAGCACCCAAUGGAGGAUGGUGGGAAGGAGGCACUGGGGGCCAGGAUCAGACCUGAGUGGCAGAGGUGGGCUGAAUCCACGGCAGCACGGAUCCGAGGGCUGCUGGCAGAGCUGCAUGGGCAGCCGUGGCGCACCAGCAUCCUGCACAUCGAGGCAGUGAAGUCCUACGCGCCCCACGUGCAUCACCUUGUGCUGGACCUUGAGUGCCGGCCGACGCUGCCUGCCUAAGCUGGCUGGGGCCCCUGGCGUGGCUCCUGUUCCCACAAAAUGGUGGUAUUGGAGCACCGGUGGCAGGGAGACGCUACCAUUGCCUGCUGCCAGCCUGGAUGCACUUUACGUCCUCAGCAGUGCCUUGCUGUGCCCAAGAAAGGAGGGAUGCUCUCCCCCUGGAGCCUUAUCCCAUCUGAGGAUGGGGAGAGAUGGGGCUGAGAGUGCCCUGAGCCCUGUCCCAGCUCUGCCUGUCACUGCCCAGAUCUUGGACACAUGGUGGCCCUUUCAGCCCCAUUUUCACACAGGAAAGAGCCACAGGGCUGAACAAACCUCAGAUUCCUGCCAGGCUUUGUUUCGGCAAGUCAGGGACAGGCUUUGUGCUCAUAUUUACCAGCAUGCUUUUUUACUGUACUGGAAACAGGUCUGUUCAUCUCCGUUUCUUCUCACCUUUCUGCAGAA